CCAAGAUCAGAUCCGGGAGCAGGACCAAAGGCUGUGACCAACCACCAGAACCAUAACCCAGGACCACAGACCAGGAGCGGCCCAGUCCAACAUGUCAGAGUCCAUCAAAAGAAGGAGCUCCAGCAGACAGCUCCUGCAGAACCUGAUCAGGGUGACGGCCCAGCGGAGCCAGGAGGACGCUGAGGAGGUGGAGCGGGAGCGAAGGAGGAGAGCCAGGGAGAGGCAGAGAGGAGAGGGGAGCCCCUCCUGGACAGAGCCCCCCCAUCACAACGACCUCACACAAAACACGGAGUUGGACGAGGAGCUGAAGCCCAGCUGCUGCUUGGUUCUGGAGGAGGACGAAGGCUUCAGCGACUGGAGCCACAGGCUGGAGAACCGCAGUGAGCAGGAGGUGCAGGAUGACAGCAGGGCCAGGGUGCAGACACGUUCAGCACCACAGUGGAAACCACGGCCUGAGGAGGAGAAACUGAAGGAGGAUGUAGAGAAGGAGAAGGUGGAAGGACGGGAGCCAGAGAGCAGCAGUCGGUCCCAAGAAGCUUCAACAAGACCUCCAGAGAAGAUGUCCAGCAACAAAAAGGACGUCAGGACGUCAUAUAGCUCAUCAGUCUUUCUGCAACAGGACGCCAGACUGCAGCACGCCGCAGGCCAACCAGCAGACAGGACGUCCUACCUGGCAGCAGGGACAAUGAGGCCACGCGGAGGGGCCUGCAGGGUGGAUGGGGAGGUGGAGCAGGAGGAGCUGAAAGUAGAGGAGGAAGAGGUACAGCCCACUUUGCAGAGGGAGUGGAGGUCAACAGAAACCCGACAGAGCCCCGCGGAUGAAGACGAUCUGGAAGAAGAAGAAGAAGAAGAAGAAGAAGAAGAAGAAGAACUGAGCUUCACACAUGAAGAAGGGGAAGACCUCCACCUCAGGAGGGAGCAGAGACACAGGGAGGAGGAGGAGGAAGAGGAAGAGCACAAGAUGACAGACAAGAGUUCAGUGGAAAGCAGAGACAGGAGGAGUGAGGAGGUGAACAGAACAUCUGCAGUUUCUCUCGGCAGCAGCAGCGAAGGCGAGGAAUCGCUAAACUGCUAUGGUCCCAUGAGCCCGACGUUCAAGAAACUCCUCAUACAGUUUUACCCAGAUGAAGUCAACAGCAGAGUCUCAACAGACGGAAAAUGCACGAUCAUGGAGAGAACUGAGUCUUUGAGGAAAAGCACCAGCAACACAAAGAAGACGCCGUCACCUGUUGCUGUUUCCAAGAUUGACAAGAAACUGGAGCAGUACACACAUGCUCUCGAGGUCUCCUCAAAGGAAGGCAGAUCCGGCGGUCAGGUUCUGACAGAUCUGACGAGUCCCACUGAACCCGUCGCCUCCAAGAAGAGCCUGUUUGAGGCCGGAGAAGCCUGGAACCAAAACGCUAUCUCAGUCGCAGCAUCUAAGGAUGCAGACGGGUUAAAAGUCGGUGUGGCUGAUCUCAUCAAUCAGUGGGUGAGAGGAAGUGAUGAUGGCAGCAGGUGCAGCUCGCCCUCCAAACCAGCAGAAAUAAAAACCGGUGGUGUUUUAAACAAGAAAAACCUUUGGGAGAGUCUCGGUGACCCAUUAUCUCCUGGCAAGGAUGGAAAGGAGAGUUCCCCUGGUAAAAGGUAUAAAUUUGUCGUGACUGGUCACGGCAAGUAUGAGAAGGUUUCUGCUGACACUGAAGAUGUGAAUUGUCCGUCAGAUGGACAGUUCUAUGAGGAUUUGUGAAACACGUCUUGGACUUUGAAGAAUUUUGGAUUAUGAAAGAAAAAAACUUUAAUACUGCACAAAUUUUAGCCACUAUCACUCAAGCCUUAGAUUGGAAAUGCUCUUAAAUCCUGUUGUAAUGAUAAAUUUCCUUCAACAGUCUGUUAUCAUUUUACAAAAGGUAAAAAGGUAGGGAGUCUUUUCUCUGUUUAAACUGGACAGGUAUUUCAUUUUAUCCUGUGAAUAAUAUCUCAUGGUUCUUCAGCAGUAGCAUAUCUUUGAAUAAGAUGAAAUAAAAUCAAUUA